CUUCAGGGCAUUGAGUGAUUUUCGCGAAACAUUUGUUUACCAGUUGAAUAUUUAGCAAUUUGGACUGCCCAGCGCAUUGGCCACCAAGAUGAGUGCCAGCAACAAAAGCGGCUACAAGACGCCGCGGAAGCAGAACCUCAAGUCCAUCGAAAACCUCACCAAUUCCGAGGAGUCCGACGAUCUGGAUACAGCAAUGGUGGAAGAUGCGGACGAGCCGCAGUCCAAGGCCACCAGACGCCGCUCCACCCGUCGUCCCAGUCCGACCAAGAAAUACCAGGCAUACAAGGAGGAAACCCAUGGAAAAACGCAAGAGGAGCGCAUUGUAGUGAACUAUGUGGAGAUGUCGGAUGAGCAACAGGAGGAUCAGGAAGAAGGCGAAGAAAAUGCUGAAGAAUCGGAGAACGCUGCCCGCCCCACUUCCAAGGACCUCAAUCUCAUCCAGUCCGAGUAUAAUGUGGCCGGCACCAGCAUGUUUGGGUUCAAUACACCUAAGAAGCGCGAUGCCAUGGCUCUGGCCGCCCUGAAUGCCACGCCCCGCACGCCUAAGACCCCGAAAACUCCACGAUUGGGGGUCAAGACUCCGGACACCAAGCACAAGAAGUCCACGGAUCAGCCAAAGACACCAGCCCAUGUGCGCAGCCGUGUCAAGAAUCACAUUGCCAGGAUAGUGGCCGACUCGGAUGAGGAUUUCUCCGCGGAGGAAAGCGACUUCCGACCCAGCGAUGAGGACUCCUCCUCCAGCAGCAGUAGCAGCGAUGGAGGCAACUCGUCGGAAAACGAUGCCGCCGACGAUGAGCCCAAGACGCCCAAGGCGCGGAGGGUCAUUGUGGUGCCCGUUCUGCCCAAGACACCAUCGGCAGCUCGUCUCCGUCAGUCGGCAAGAGCCAAGAAAUCGAAUGAGUUUGUGCCCGAAAGCGAUGGCUACUUCCACUCGCAUGCCAGCAGCAAGAUCCUCACCUCGGAUCACACUUUGGAUCGCUUGAAGAAUCCCCGCCUGGCCGCCGAUCGUGUGUUCAGUUUGCUGUCCGAAAUUAAGCUGUCCUCGGAGCACGAGGGAUCCAUCAAUGCCAUAAUGGAGGAGUACCGUUCAUACUUUCCCAAGUGGAUGUGCAUCCUCAACGAGGGCUUCAACAUACUGCUGUACGGCCUGGGCUCCAAGCGGCAGUUGCUGCAGUCAUUCCACCAGGAGGUGCUGGAGAAGCAAACUGUGCUGGUGGUGAAUGGCUUUUUUCCCAGCCUGACACUGAAGGACGUGCUGGACAGCAUCACAAGCGAGAUUUUGGAUGCGGGCGUCAGUCCUGCCAAUCCGCACGAGGCAGUGGACAUGAUCGAGGAGGAGUUUGCCCUCAUACCGGAGACACAUUUGUUCCUCAUAGUUCACAACUUGGAUGGAGCCAUGUUGCGCAAUGUGAAGGCUCAGGCAAUUCUGUCGCGUCUGGCGCGAGUGCCUAACAUUCACCUGCUGGCCUCCAUUGAUCACAUUAACACCCCACUGCUUUGGGACCAAGGAAAGCUGAGCAGCUUCAACUUCUCGUGGUGGGACUGCACAACCAUGCUGCCGUAUACGAAUGAAACCGCGUUCGAGAACUCCCUGCUGGUGCAGAACUCCGGCGAACUGGCCCUCUCCUCGAUGCGCAGUGUGUUCUCCUCGCUGACCACCAACUCGCGCGGCAUCUACAUGCUGAUUGUGAAGUACCAAUUGAAGAACAAGGGCAAUGCCACGUACCAGGGCAUGCCGUUCCGGGAUCUCUACUCGAGCUGCCGCGAAGCGUUCUUGGUCAGCUCCGAUCUGGCGCUACGUGCCCAGCUCACCGAGUUCCUCGACCACAAGCUGGUCAAGUCGAAGCGCAGCGUUGAUGGCUCCGAGCAGCUUACCAUUCCCAUCGACGGCGGACUGCUGCAGCAGUUCCUCGAGGAGCAGGAGAAGAAAUAGGCCAGCCACGUAAUUUUAGAACAUAUUAAUUUAUUAUCUAAUAUUGUUAAAUACAAUUACAAUUUCGCUUUUAAAAA